AUGGAAGACUCACAAGAUAAGAAGCAUGAGUUAGAUACACGAGCCAAGAGGUUACCUGCUAAGUUUGAUGAUGUGAUCUCUGAAGAUGUUCCAUUAGAACUUCCACCCAUGCGCGAUAUUGUACAUCAAAUUGACCUUAUACCAGGAACAUCGUGGCCAAGCAAAGCCGCUUAUAGGAUGAAUCCUACACUACAAGCUGAAUUCCAAAGCACUUUGGUUGCCCCUAUAAUUGAGUGUUUGAAAGGAGGAAUGUUCAAGUGGAAUGAAGAUGCUCAAAAGGGUUUUGAAUUGUUAAACAAGAAAAUGACACAAGCUCCUAUCCUUCAGUUACCUAUCUUUGAUGAUUUAUUUGAAGUAGAAUGUGAUGCAUCAGGUGUUGGCAUUGGAGGAGUUCUUAGCCACGAAGGUAAACCCGUGUCAUAUUUUAGCGAGAAGCUAAGUGGACCUAUAUUGACGUACUCCACCUAUGAAAAGAGUUCUAUGCUAUUGUUCUAUGCAACUUGGAGUCAUUAUUUAUUACCAAGAGAGUUCGCGCUAUAUUCUGAUCAUGAGCCAAUUGAGGAAUUUCAUGAGGAAGAUGAGGAUGCCUAUGUAGAACAUGAUGAAGGUGAUAUGCUUGUUAUUGAGAGGAUCUUACAUGCAGAACAUGAAGAUGAAGAAUCAUCGCAACGAAAGACCCUUUACCACACGAGGUGUACAUCACUUGGCAAGGAGGUAUGUUCUGUGAUUAUCGGAAGAGAUGCAGACUAA